AUGCGUGCGGCACCUCUUCUAUGGUGGCUCGGCCUCGUCCGGGCCGCCCAAUUCCAAAACGGCACCACAUCCGAAGCGCCCUUCCCCAAGUGCAUCUUGAGCAAAAUAGACCCCAACCUCUGCGGAACUCCAGUGACCGAUCCCACCGUAAUCACGAGAACUGUGAUUGAAGACGAGGCCACCCGGACGGAAAUUAUUAUCUCUGGCGGCCCCAUCACCAAGCCCAUUAGUCUUCCCACGCCGGGUCCGACGCUCCUAGACCCGGCCGGCGAUGAAGCGAGGCAGAGCGUCUCGGAUCUGUCGUCGAGCGUAGCCGCUGCGCUGCCUGCGGUCACGCAAUGGCUUGACGCUCCGAUUCCCGAGAAUGCCACUCCUGCCAUCAGCGCCGUCGAGGCUCUCAUCUCCCCUGGGCCAACCUG